UGGACCGCGGCAAGGCUGUACAAGCUUCCCCAUAUUGGAAUGGGACCUCGGUUCGAGAGGAAGGACCCUUCGAAAGGAGCCCAACAGCCAUGGGGGAAACUGCGACGCAGCCAUAGACUAGCAGGGAUCAUCGAAGCGAGAUUAAGAGGGCGCUGACAGGAUGCCAUGGUCCAUGGAGUGCCCCGAGAUUAUCCAACAGUCCAAAUUAGUUGUUAGCAAGGCCCCCAACACGACACAGCAUCGUGGACCGUGAUUGAGCAGGCACUGGCAUGGGUAUGGCUUGCUAUCUAUGUCUCGGCCCCCAGGCUCAUAUGGAGUGCCCAACACCAUCCGGACGAGUCGAGGGAAGCUUGCCCCGGUCGCCAGAUGGAUAGGUGACAUAUAAAGUUGGCGAGUUUCUCCCCUCUUGGGAGAAGGGCAAGACUCGUGGCAGACCAUCAUCGUUCUCAUCAUGUCUUACUCUGCUUCUCCCAGCAAGAAGCUGGCCCUCUACCUCUUUUGUCUCUUCUGGCUCUAUUCUUCCCAAUUCGCCUUUGCGGCCCCCCACAACACCGAGGACCACCAGGCCCAUGCGGUGGCUCGUCGUACCCACAAGGCGUCCUCUACCCCCAAGAAUCCCUUCAAGACCCCGUUCGACACCGACAGCGGCGCCAGCAGCAGCGACAGCAGUGAUGAAGAUAUAGCGCCCACGGAUGAUGGCCCGACCUCGGAUCGCAGCCCCGGUCUCGGCAUUGAAUUCGAAGCCAGUGGCUUUAUCUUCAAAUCCGGUACAUGCAAACUGAAAGGCACUUUGGCCUCCAAGGGCAAAGCGAUCAGUGGCCAUACCAAUACAUACUGGAGCCUGACCGUGGAUACGACGGGGGAGGUCGAGGGCAAGCUCGCCGGGGAGUAUAUUCUCAACGGGAAGAACAUCAAGCUCGGGGCCGGGACAGCUGCGACCGCCGCCGAGAAUGUGCAGAAGGAUCUGGUCAAGUGGAACCCGCAUGCCACGAUGUCGGGCAAUAGCUUCGACCUCCUGGACCCCGUGAGCAGCGAGUGCAAGACCUGGAAGGUCGCAGACCCCUCGUCCAGCGGCGGCUAUAAGUCACUGCUCUGGCAGGUGCAAGCCACGGCGCCCAUGCCCCUUGCCGCGAUAUACACGCUAUUCGAGCUCGCCAAGGGUCCGGAUCGCAAGCACGAUCCUCUGCUGGCCGAGCACACGCGACAUUUGAAUCGGAUGGUCUGGGUGAAUUCGAAGUUCUUCCAAAACGCCCCGCAGGGGAAUCAGGCGACCGGGGUCACCAAGAAUACGCUCGCCUUUUUCUCCCUCAUCCUGUCCUAUGUGAAGCCCAGCAGCACGGCGGGGGACAGUCUCAAAUUUCGCAGUCCGAUUAUGCCGCGGACGGAUUUUGUCACCCUCUAUAAUGCGGUGAAGUCGAACAUCAAGGGGGAGAAUUUGUAUGAGCUGGUGCUGGCUUUGCUGUGCUUCAAGAAUGAUGGCGAGGAAGUCGAGCUCGAUACCAUCUGGUGCGAUGGAACCGUCAAGGCGCCCAAGCUCUUAUCCAGCAAGGACGAUCAACUGACCUUCCAGAUCGACGGCCACAGCCAAUUGUCCGGGUUCCCGGACAAGACGUCCUUCACAUUACAGGAAUGGAUGGACGGUCUCCAAGGCACCGGGACGAUGACCGCGAAAGUCAACCAGGCCCUCAAGAAGGCCGACGCGAAAUCCACCCGGACGGACAAGAGUCCUGUCGACUUGAUGGCCGUCUUCGAUCGGUGGUAUGACGGCCAGAUUGGCGCGUACGGCUCCACUCAGGAGCACCUCUAUGCUAAUAACAAACAAUCCGUCCCGCUGUUUGAGUUUCGGAACCUGGAGGGAAUCAAGGACGAUAAGUUCAAGACGCGCGUGUCGGAGAUCGAGGAGCGGGUGAUUUACUACCAUAAGCAUCAUGCUACUUGACGGAUCCGAGUUGUGUGAUUUAUUGAUGGUUGUCUUCAAGGAUACUGUAUGUAUAUAAAGAGGAUUGGGUUCGUAGGAGAGACUGUUCGAGGAUUAUGGCUCCGACUGCCUUGACCUGCCGGGGAUUAAACUGGUUUGGAGUUUCAAAUUUAUGCAUUAUCUAGUAGCAGAUUACAUCGCACCUAUCGCGUCUCCUCAAUAU